UGGAAAGACUGGGAUUUUCAUGCGAUGGCUACAGCGACGCUGAGAUGCUGCCUUGCUGGUUUUUAAAUUGCGUGUGAUGACUGGAUAUCGAAAUCCUCAUGGAUAACGCAGUUAAUCGACGGAUUGAAUCUACCCGUUCUUCAAUGUCUGCAUUUUUGUUUGAAAACUGCCGAUCUAUGUCAGCCUUCUGAAAGCGUCCCGGGUACCGUGUAAGGAAGCGCCGCUAUCAAAGAAGAGCGGACGAGCUAUAGGGAUCUCUGGGGCUAGAGGAGAACUCUUCAGAACCCCGAAAUAAGCAUGCCGCGGAGGAAACAGCAAGCGCCCCGGCGUGCGGCAGCGUAUGCCCCUGAGGAUGAGAAGGAGGCUGCCCUGCUCGAUGAGGACCUGGAGGGGGAGGACUCUGCCGGGGAGGAGGAGCCUGCGGUGAAGUACAUGUGCCAAGACAAGGACUUCCUUUUCAAUGACCGGCCUGGUUUCCACGACUCCCCCGUGGCCGACUUCUCCGGCCAUGAGUUGGACAAUGAGUCUCACCUGAGUGAGUCCAGUGACCGCAUGUCAGACUUUGAGAGUGCCUCUCUCAGAAAUGAGGAGGAGGUCGCGAAGGUGCCACUAACGCCCUUGUCGCUAUCUUCCUCUGUCACGAUGGCCACCAGCACAGCUGUAGCCACGGAGGACGGCGCCACCACUGGGCCAGACAGCCUGGAGCAGAUGAAGGCCAUCUACACCAGCUUCCUGACCAACUCUUACUGGUCGUCUCUGAACCUCAACCUCACCCAGCCGCCAGCGGUGGAGAAACCUCCACGCAGCCACAGCAGCAGCAGCAGCAGCAGUAGCAGCAGUUGUGGCAGCAAUGGCAAUGGUUACGACUGGCACCAGUCCGCCGUGGCCAAGACCCUCCAGCAGGUCUCUCAGAACCAGAACCGGCUCAACCACCCUGCAGUGGAGCAAAACAACCUGUUCAGCACCGUGCAGCUCUACCGUCAGAGCACGAAGCUCUACGGCUCCAUCUUCACAGGUGCCAGUAAGUUCCGCUGCAAGGACUGCAGUGCUGCCUACGACACGCUGGUGGGGCUGACUGUACACAUGAAUGAGACAGGCCACUACCGCGAUGACAACCACGAGACCGACAGCGACGGCACCAAGCGCUGGUCCAAGCCACGUAAACGAUCCCUCCUGGAGAUGGAAGGGAAAGAAGAUGCUCAGAAGGUCCUGAAGUGUAUGUACUGUGGACAUUCCUUUGAGUCUCUGCAGGACCUCAGUGUCCACAUGAUUAAGACAAAACACUACCAGAAAGUGCCUCUGAAGGAGCCAGUGACUCCUGUGGCAGCCAAGAUCAUCUCCUCCGCCCGGAAGAGAGCCCCCAUUGAGCUCGACAUCCCCAGCUCCCCAGACUCCAAUGGGUGCACCCCCAAACCCUCCCUAAAUGACCCUUAUGACGCCCUCCAGAAGGCAUCCAACCCCUACAUCACCCCAAACAACCGUUACGGACACCAGAAUGGAGCCAGUUAUGCAUGGCAGUUCGAGUCCAGGAAGUCCCAGAUCCUGAAAUGCAUGGAAUGUGGCAGCUCCCACGACACACUUCAGGAGCUAACAGCACACAUGAUGGUGACCGGUCACUUCAUCAAGGUCACAAACUCUGCCAUUAAGAAAGGCAAGCCCAUCAUGGAGUCACCCCCAACACCCAUCCCCAUCAUCUCUGCAGGUGAGGAGAAAUUCCAGUCUGUGCCACUGGCAGCCACAGCAUUCUCCCCACCUCCUCCACCCAUACCUCCUCCCUCUAGUGUUUCCCCUGCCAUGGCUGUGGAGAUUAAGAAGGAGGAGAAGGAAGAGGAAUGUAUGAAGGAAACCGCUAACAGCAGCAAAGACAAGAAGACCGGAGAUGAUGAGACAGAGGAGAAAUUUGAUAUCUCCUCCAAAUACUCUUACUUAACAGAGGAGGAUCUGGAGGAGAGCCCUAAGGGAGGGUUUGACAUCCUGAAGUCCUUGGAGAACACAGUGACAUCAGCCAUCAACAAAGCACAGAACGGUGCUCCCAGCUGGGGAGGCUACCCCAGCAUCCAUGCUGCAUACCAGCUCCCAAACAUCAUGAAGCUCUCACUGGCCAACUCAGGGAAGAGCUCAGCCCUGAAGUACAUGUUCCCUGGAGGAGAGACCCUUUUCCAAAAUGCCAAAAACCAACCUCUGAUCUCCCCGCCCAGCCGCCAGACCUCUCCUCUCCCCAAAAACAACUUCCACGCCAUGGAGGAGCUGGUGAAGAAGGUGACUGAGAAAGUAGCCAAGGUGGAGGAAAAGAUGCGGGAGCCCAGUGUAAGGGCGUCCCCAAUGAGACAAGCCACACCCUCCCCCUGCAGCAGCGAGGCCGGGGAGUCAGCCAGAGGGGAGUCCCCUAAAGGGAGGAGAGGGUCUAAAACCCCCGAGAGCAUCGGAGGAGGCAGCCACAAAGACUGUAACGGUGACGCCAAUAUGAAGGAGUCGCUGGAGAAUGGAAUGGAGUCUGCUGUCAAAUCCCCCAUCUCUGCCUUGUGUGGCGGCACAGCCAUUAUUACAGACCACCCGCCAGAGCAGCCCUUCGUCAAUCCUCUAAGUGCUCUUCAGUCCGUGAUGAACGUCCACCUGGGUAAGGCAGCCAAGCCUGCUCUGCCGUCCCUGGACCCCAUGAGCAUGCUCUUCAAGAUGAGCAACAGCCUGGCAGAGAAGGCAGCGGUCGCCGCUUCCACCCCAGCUCAGACCAAAAAAAACAACGAGCACUUAGACCGCUACUUCUACCACGUCAACAACGACCAGCCAAUAGACCUGACCAAAGGCAAGAAUGAAAAGAGUAGCUCCCUGGGUUCAGCUGCCCUGUCGUCAUCCACAUCAACACCCUCCUCGGGCUCCCCCUCCUCCACAGCCACCAUGGCCAAGGCCUCGUCCGCUGUGGCCUCGUUCAUGUCCAACUCCCCGCUGCGUGAGAACGCCCUGUCUGACAUAUCAGACAUGCUGAGAAACCUGACAGAGAGUCAAGCUUCCAAGUCCUCCACGCCCACCAGCCUGUCGGAAAGGUCUGACCUCGAGGGUUCCACUCAAGAGGAGCUAGAGGAGAUCUCUCCAGCCCAGAAACGCAAGGGCCGGCAGUCCAACUGGAACCCUCAACACCUGCUGAUCCUACAGGCCCAGUUUACUGCCAGCCUCCGGCAGACUGGCGAUGGAAAGUUUGUGAUGUCAGACCUGAGCCCCCAGGAGAGGAUGCACAUCUCCCGUUUCACAGGCCUCUCCAUGACGACCAUCAGCCACUGGCUGGCCAACGUCAAGUACCAGCUGAGGAGAACCGGAGGGACGAAGUUCUUAAAGAACCUGGACUCAGGCCACCCAGUGUUCUUCUGCAGCGACUGUGCUUCUCAGAUCCGUUCCCCCUCCACCUACGUCAGCCACUUGGAGUCUCACCUGGGCUUCAGACUCCGAGACCUGGCCAAACUGUCUGGAGAGCAGCUUGUCAGCCAGAUCUCACGUCACGCCAAAAGCCUGUCCGAAAAACUGCUCUCCAACCACUCCCACUCCAACCCUCACUCCCACUCCCACGCCCACUCCCCAUCUCCCUCCCCUGACGAGGACGGCAGCAGCACCUCGUAUCAGUGCACGCUCUGCAACCGGACUUUUGCAAGCAAGCACGCAGUCAAGCUCCACCUGAGCAAGACCCAUGGGAAAUCCCCAGAGGACCACCUUAUGUAUGUGUGUGAGCUUGAGAAACAGUAGCACUAAGCUGUGGACAUGCUGCACUCUCUCUCUCUCUCUCUCUCUCUCUCUCUCUCUCUCUCUCUCUCUGGUCCCGUUCUCUCUUGGUCUAUCUUUAGCCUUUCACAGACAUUUCUUUCAAAAAAAAAGGACUAAAAACUAUUAAGUGAUGAAACUGCACAAAGAUGCCGUGGAACUACUGUUUAGUUUCGGCACAUGGUUUCUGAUUUUCUUUAAAAGGGAGACUCACUCUGGCCCAAGAAGCUUUUGUUUGUUUAUGCUCUCCUUUUUAUGAAAAGACGGUCAUUUUCUAAAUGUGCAGUGUUGAAGAAAGAGGUGCUGUUGUCACUGAUAAAACAAAUGAAGGUUGAACAAUAUUUUAAAAUGAAGUGGUAUGUAUUUGAAAGUUGUGUAAAUUGGAUUUGAUUUCUUUAUAUUCUGGCAUCCUUUGAGAUGCGAUAAGCUGCAUGCAUAAAUGAAACAGUUUAGUUGAACAUUUGGUUAACUAAAUCUGGUGCACUUUUCUUUUCUCUCUCUUUCCCUCUCUUUUUGUUAAUGUGAUCUUUAUGUGCUGGUGUCAGCAUCUGAAAUUUAACCCUCUGAGUACGGCCAAAGCACUUCUACCCGAAUGAUCCCAAAACCCUUCUCAAAACAAACUAUUUUAGAUUGGAAUUGACCAAGCUAUUGUGUGGUUUGUAAGCUGCACAGUGAAAGCACCACGUCCCUGUCCAACAGCCAAUCUCUAAAGAUGCAUCGUACGUGAUGCAAAAUCUCAAUCUGAACUCGUUUACUUUGUUUAAUCAGGGGCCUCUAUGAAUUCAGGUCUGUGUAAAAAUGUAUCUAAAAACAUAUAUACUAAUUCCUGUCUAAAUUAUGCAUCAUUUUUAUAUUUUUAAUUUAAGAGGAGUAUGACUGUCUACUGGUGCACAAUAUAUGAAGACAUGAAUGAAAUUGUUUUGCACAAUAGUUUUGUAAAAUAUGUUAUUUAAUCCAAUGAUAUGAAAAUAAGAGGAACAAAAUGACCCAGAACUCUUUUAUUUCCACCUCGUGCUCAAAGGGUUAAACCUCUAGUACAAGACAGUACAUGUGCCGGUAUUUGAACGUUAAAAAGACAAAAGGUUGUACAACAGAUGUUACUUUAUGAAGUAAUGGAGAAUUCCACACGUUUUAUUUAUAAGCACUCUUGGUUGUUGUUUCAUAUCGUAGGAUGCCUUUUGGAUUGGUAUUUCUUUCUUUUUUUUCUCUGUCUAAUUACUCUCCCACAAUUCCGCACUGCAGCGUUAUCUUUUGGGGAUAUGAAAGGUAACCAUAGUUACCUCACCUCUGAUUGACAGUUCUGCUCCAUUUUUUUGGCAGUUCAUUUGCUGAAGUAACUGACAGCUGCCAGUGUAAGGAAAUCUUAAGUGUAAAAUAUUGGCAUGUAAACAGCACAGACACUGUUAUGCAUUCUGUGCCGUGUUUUUGUUGUUGUUGUUGUUGUUGUUGACAAUGAAGCACCCAUUAUAUGACUUCAUAUAACCUUUUUUUCUACUGCAGCAUUAAAAGGAAACCGUUUUUUUUUUUUUUUGCAAUAACACUGUGUGUCGUGGCUCACGAUUAUGUAGGUGCUGUGCGUUUUCUAAUGAGCACAUUAAACUGAAAAUUGUUUCUGGC